AUGGGCCCUCCGGGCCCUUUCCAGUCGCAUCCGCGACACCCCAGCAUGGGCCCUCCGGGCCCCUUCCAGUCGCAUCCGCGACACCCCAACAUGGGCCCUCCGGGCCCCUUCCAUCGCAUUCACGACACCCCAGCAUGGGCCAUCCGGGCCCCUUCCAGUCGCAUCCGCAACCCCAGCAUAGGUCCUCCGGGCCCCUUCCAGUCGCAUCCGCGCCAUUCCAGCAUGGGCCCUCCGGGCCCUUGCCAGUCGCAUCCGCGACCCCCCAGCAUGGGCCCUCCGGGCCCCUUCCAGUUGCAUCCGCGACACCCCAGCAUGGGCCAUCCGGGUCCCUUCCAGUCGCAUCCGCGACACCCCAGCAUGGGGCAUCCGGGCCCCUUCCAGUCGCAUCCGCGACACCCCAGCAUGGGC